AUGAGCAAGGACUAUUCCUUCGAUGUCCCGACGUGGAACGGCGACCCAGCCACUUUCCAUACCUUCGAGACUGCUUGCAGAUGGUACGAGAAGACGCUAAAGGAGGGCGAGAGAAGAGGGGCCGCGGCUCGUGUGUGGAGCCGACUUACUGGACCUGCCAGGAGCGUGGUGAAGCACCUCUCCCCGGAGGACUUUGAUAAUUCCGCCGGGCUUGAUAAGCUGCUUCAGGUAUUGCGGGCCUCCCCUCUUCAGACUCUUCCUAUACCUGAUUCUUUCUCGAAGUUGGAAAGGUGGCACUCCUUGAGGAGGAAAGACACAGAGACCAUCCCGGAGCUGAUUGUCCGGGAGGACGACCUCUUCAGGGAGCUUCAGCAAAGCUUGCUUCGCUCUCGUGCUGGGAAGCAGGAAGUUCUUGCUGCUGCGGCUGCGUCCCCGAGUUCGGCAAAGGAGAAGAAGGAGACCGCUGGAGAUGAUGGAGAAGAGGCUGUUCCUCAAGAGGAGCAGGCGACAGCGGCUCCACCUUUGCUGGUGAGGCCUGCGGCCCAGACUGUCGGCUUCUUCGAGGACGAACUGAGGGGCUACAGGCUACUCAAGGCGGCCGGGCUUAGCAACGACCAGCGGAUGCAGAUUUUAACCUUGACCUCCAACUCGGUUGCCUUUGAGAAAAUCCGCCAAGCACUUCGAGCCCUGUUCGGCGACUCCGAGGAGGCCAAGCAACAUGCUCUUCGUCCUCACCGCCGUCGCGGAAUCUGGUGGACGGACGAGGCUGCCUGGAACCCUUCCGUUGGCUGGGGCGAAGAAGAGGCCUGGCUGGUGGAUGACGGAUGGGGCGAAUGGGCCUGGGAUGAAGAGGCUCAUUGGGCUUCUCCUGAGUGGGCGGCGGCUUCGUGGCAUGACUGGGAUUCCGAGCCCUACGCGGAGGCCCCCGUCACCGAGGUGAGUGCAGAUGCCGAGGCUGACGAGGGCGAGGGCCACGAGGACGAGGAGGCCCUGGUAGCGCAGGAACAAGACGCGGCCAUCCUCGCGGCCGAGGCGACAAAGACCCUGGCCGAGGCGAGGGCGGCGAUCUCGCGGGUUCGCGCAGCGAGAGGCUACUACCCCCUCGGCGGCAAGAAGGGCGGGAGUCCAGCUGGAGGCGGCAAGGGCAGCAAGGCGGGCAAGUCGAAGGGGAAGUCCUUUGGCAAGUUCGGCGGCAAAUCUGGCACC